AUGGCUUCGUCUAGUAUUUUAGUUGAGACUGGUUCUGUGCUGCUGGUUCGCUCUCAAAACAGACCUUAUAUCGAUUCAUUGCUGUUUGAUUAUUUUCCAAACCAAUAUGUCCCUCAAAGUGGGAAAUCGUUGGUUGAAGUUUGCCAGCCAUCUUCCUGUGAAUGCUCUGAAUUUCUUCACCAAAAGUUAAUGCAAUGCGUUCUCCCAAAAACAUUUAGUGGGUUUCACUUGAAUGGUUACAAUACACAUUGUCUUCUUAUUGACUGUGGGGGUCGGUUUUGUCCAUCAAAGUUUGGAGUGUUUGUUCGCAGACAUUUACAAGACGAAAUACCUGCUUUGAAAUUUGAGCACAACCAGUAUGAAGUGUUUUUAGAAGAAAUGUUGUCUAGGGUUCAUAUUAUUCGUGUAUUUACAGAUUGUGAACUCCUUUUGGCUUUUUCUUACUCACGAGAAGUUAUCAAACAGCAUCCAGUUUCUUGUCUUAUGAUUAGUGCGAUGAAUGCUUUUACAUAUUUGGAACGUUUACGCUACAAUUCGUGGAAGAGUCUUGUUAGUCAGCACUCAAUCUUGAUGGGUAUUUUGCUCCGCGUGAUUACCGACUUUCAGCUUCUCUGUAUUAUCAUCAUGAAGUACUCCCCUGAUAUUCAUGUUCUAAAUGAUUCUUUGAGUACUGAUACUGAGAUGUUUCACUCGAAUAACUCAUUAAGCUCUGAAACAAGGAACGAUCAUUGGUCGAAAUAUGUAACUCAUAAAAUCGAAUUAAUUGACUGUGAGCAUUCCUUCGUAUCAUAUAUCAAACAUGAAUCUAGUAUGAAAGUGAUAAAAGACACAAGAGUUUCUUAG